UCGACUUCCUCGACGAACUAAAGACGAGCUCAGUGCACUGUACUGCAAGAAGGUACAGGCUGACAAUUGGCAUCUUUAAAAAGUCCGCAGACAGAAUCUAUUUGGACUUUGGUUGCUUUAUGAAACCAGAUUAUUCGCUGGGAUUUUCUUUUCGUCGAAUCAAUUUUAGGACGUACAGGCUGAUUUGAAAUUGAAGUAGCCGAAAUUCGGUUCCGUGACGAAGGAACAAAGGUGCAUUUUUCAUCCUUUUGUGUUUCUUUUUUUUCUUUAUACUUCGAGACAACGACAGCAAACUGGACUACUCUUGUGAAACGGGAAUGAUUUAUCCUCCCGAAGGUUUAUUCUACAUCGAGAUGGAUCCAGCACCACCAGCGCUCCCUCCUAGGUCAACAAAGCCAAUGUCUUCCGCCAUGAACAAUAACUGCCUUUCCCCGCAGUGCAACUCGCUACAGGAUGCUGAAUGGUACUGGGGAGAUGUGACCAGGGAUGAGGUAAACGAGAAGCUGCGUGACACACCUGACGGCUCCUUCCUGGUACGCGACGCCUCCACAAAGCUGCAGGGAGACUUUACGCUGACGUUAAGGAAAGAUGGCCAUAAUAAACUGAUCAAGAUUUACCACCGCGAUGGGAAGUAUGGCUUCUCGGACCCGCUUACGUUCACUUCGGUGGUGGAGCUUAUUUGGCAUUAUCAGCACCACCCGUUAGUGGAGUACAACGCCACACUGGACCUGAUGCUCACACAUCCAGUGUCGCGCUUCCAACAGGCAAAGGAGAACAGCGUCGAUGUCGCCGGAAGAAAGCUCAAAGAGGUCCAUUGUCAGUAUCAAGAGAAAUCUCAGGAGUUUGAUCGUCUUUAUGAAGCCUUCACGAAGACUUCGCAGGAGAUCCAAAUGAAACAAACGGCAAUCGAGGCGUUCAACGAGACGAUGAUGAUCUUUGAGGAGCAGUGUCGUGAACAGGAGCGCUACGGGGAAGAAUUUGAGAGGAACAAUCCAUCCGAGGGAGCCGACAAAGAUCUUGAGAGACCUUUCCUUCCUGUCUGUAGCUUUCUGAUCAACUACGAGAAGCUGAAGUGCCGCCUGAGCGACAUUUAUGACAGCAAGAUCCAUCUGGAGGAAGACUUGAGAAGCCAGGUGGAGGACUACAGAGAGACGGACAGAAAGAUGAACAGUUUGCGGCCAGACCUAAUCCAGCUGCGCAACAUCAGAGACCAGUAUCUCAACUGGCUCAAUCACAAAGGUGUACGACAGAAACGCAUCAACGACUGGCUCGGGAUACUAAAAGACAGCCUUGACGAUACAUACGUGUUGAAAGGAGACGAGAAGAAUUUACCGCAUCAGGACGAGGCGAGUUGGUUUGUCGGCGAACUAAGCAGGACGCAGGCCGAAGAGAUGCUUCAGGGGAAAGAUCCCGGAACCUUCUUAAUCCGUGAGAGCAGCAAGCAAGGCUGCUACGCCUGCUCCGUUGUCGUGAACGAAGAAGUGAAGCACUGCAUGAUCUACAGCACGCCGCAUGGUUACGGCUUUGCCGAGCCCUACGACGUCCACUGCUCACUGAAGGACCUCGUCCUGCACUACCGCUUGCACUCCUUAGUGCAACACAAUGACGCCCUCGAUGUGAGGCUGUCGCAUCCAGUGCACGCCAAAGCGACGACCGCAUUGCCUUCGCAGCACGCAGAGGAGCACAAACUCUUACAGACUCCCAAACAGACAGUGAGGCUCCCGCCGGCCGCUCCAGAGAUGUAAAACACCCGAGAUUCUAUAAAGGACGUGUUUACUGUAUCCUGCACAGAAACGACUGCAUCGAGGUGCAUUGUUGAAAUGUUGCACUAAAGUGAUUCCAUCAGUUUUUGUGAAUGCAAUUUCACAGAUUGAAGUGGGACCGGAACUUGAAUGUCAGCUUCUAUUAUUUUAGGUUUUCGAGAGACUGUUAAAUGUUUCUGAAAAAGAAAUUGUACUUCAUAUAUUGUUGUUCGUUUUGUGGGACGUUCUUUUUUUUGGGUGGAGAUGUUGACGACCGCUCAGUUGCUCGCUGACAGCAGAUGCCGCAUCUUGGUUUGACUGCUACAAUCUGAGCUGACGUUUGCCGGAGAUUUUUCCCGAAAACGGAAUCGGCUAUGAAAAGCGAUCAGUAGGUGACACAAGCAUAUUACAUUACUACUACUUUAGUGCAUUGGUGUGGAGAAAAUGGUGCUGUACACAGGCUGUUUCUGUCAUCCUGGUUUGGUGGACCAAACCUUUUUCUGGGUAAAUACCACUUGUGAAUAUGUGAAAAAUUGUGGUGCAUCUUGACAAUUUGCCCCGUUCAUAGAGUGGAUAUUAUGUAGCAUUAACAUCCUAUAGAAAACUAUUGUAAAAGCAUACUCAAUGUUAUACCCAUUGACCAAAGCACUUGAUGGAGAGCAAAAAUACAUGCCCCGUUUUGCCCAAUCAGUGCAUUUGGGCAAGCCAAGGGCAAUUAUCUACACCUGCUGAUGUGCUGAUGAAAACAUAAUCUGAAGUACUGUAUGUUAUAUUCUGUUACUCAAAAGAAGUAUAAGCUUUUUUGUAUUCUAUAUUUUUUCUACAAACAUGCCACAAAGACGAAAGCUUGAAGAAAGUGCAAUCCAACAGUAUUUCUAUUGUUGCAAUGUGUGACGGUGGUGUGAAGGUUUAUGCUGUUACGAAUGGUUGACAUGCGCCACAAAAAAAAAAAAAAAUGCACUCUUUGGUGGUGUCGGUAAGAUAUGGCCUCCAAUGUUCAUUUUAAACAGUAAGCGGUCCGGAAGUAUCCUGCCUCCAUUACUUGAAUUGUGGCAUUGCUAGAGCGAUGAAUGUGUUUCAUGACAUGCAGCCUACAUAACUAAUGGCGCGAGGAAUCUGUUUAACUUGGCACAUUUUUUUUCUCUCCAAGUUUGUGAACAACAGAAACUCUGUACUGAGAAAUUAAAAUGUAUUUCUGAGGUUCCUACUUGGGAUGAGGCCGAUUUGGCCUUAUAUAGUUAAAAAAAAAAAAAGAAACUCCAGAUGAGGAUGGAGGAAAUGCCUUGGGUGAAGCUGAGCAAUGUGAGAUCCUGACCUUUUUCUUGCUGAAAGACAAUAAACUGAGAAGGGUUUUGUCAAUUUA